AUGCAGUUUAUGAUUGGUUAACAAAUCCUAUUUGAAAUAUCGUGCGCGGUAGCUGUUUUAUGAUUUCACCCUUUUCGGCGAUCUGCUGGAAGCUAUCGUUAUGCUGCUUGUUUCUGUAAUCAUAUACAACGAGAUAUCUCUCUAUCUCAUGUAAUUACAGGUAUUGUCGCCAAGGAUAUCCAGUUGAAGUAUCUGCAGACGUCAUGAAGUGUUCGAGCGUGGACGAGUUUAUCAAGCGGACUGCUUCAUUCAACGAGGCGCUGCUGUUAUGUCAAGAGUUCGAGAGCCUUGUUAAGCGUGUGCCAUCUUAUGAUCGCACACUGUGUGACAUGGUCAUCAGAGCCUGUAACCAUCAACUUGGGCUUGGCUCACUGGAAUUCAAUCACAUAAACCAGUUGGUCAAACUUGUGGAGCUUGCCGUUCAUCGCUAUGAUGUCUGUUCUCAAAGCCAAAACAGUCCUCUAUACAUAGAAACGAUCAUUUUUCAUGUAGUCAAGAAGCUAAGCUCUCUGCAAGUCCACAAUCUCUGCAGCCAUAUUGCUGCAUUGCUUUACACCAGGCUUACAUCAACACAGAAGGAUGAGAACUAUUAUGUUCUUGUGCGGAGCUGCUUCUCUGUUUUGUGGAAUGGACUUUCUGCUAAUAAGGAUCAGAAGGUUCUCAAUGCCAAAGACAAACUGCAUUACCAGUUUCAAGCUCUCAACUUCCUUCUGUUGUCGGACAGAAAAACUGUGAUUCUUUGCAAACCGCCGACAUGCAUGGAGAAUGCCGUCUGUGAAUUUGUAAAAAGUUGUAAUGCAGUGAGUGAAGAGGAUGCCUCAUUUGUUCUCCAUGAAAUGCACACGCUUUUCGACAGAUCUUGGAGUGAUAGUCAAGUCUCCAAGAUUGAUGGAUCUACACCACCUAUUGUUACAUCAAGCAUAUACACGCUUCUUGAAAUGGCGCUUGUUAUAAUCAAGAUGCUGUGUAAAGCUGGGCAUCAUAGUCUGGCCUCCACCUUUCUGAAUGAUUUUGGGGUCAAAGUGAAGAACAAGACUGACGGUUUGGCUGCGGCUCUGGAGCUCGGGAAAUGGGCUGUCGAAAUUCACUCUAUGGCAGCACCCCAUAAGUGUAGUGAUAAGCCUUUGAAAGAGUGUUCCAGGGCCUUGAGGUCUCUUCCCCCAGAAUUGGGCGAAAGUGAAGCUCAUUCUGUCCUCGAAGGAUGUGGACUGGUGGUGUGGGUUGUGGAAAAUUGCCAUAAGAAGCCGUUCAGUGGUCCCGUGCUGCUGGCCUGGUUUGCUUUUCUUGAGGAGCACCAAGACCAGAUCAUAAAGAUCCUGAAGAGCUCAAUAUUAAAAAGUGAAUGCAGCAGACUUCAGCAGACCCUUUGCGUCAGUAUUUCCCUAGGCUUUGGAUUUGCCAAUGAGAGCUUGCUCAAGUCAGAGCUGGAGGACAGUGAAACUCUGGCCAGAGUGCUGCUCUACUGCCAAGCUACAACUGGGCGCAUGAUGACUGAAAUGCGCAAACUGUCAAACGAAGACCUUCUCAUCAAAGCAGUGAUUGCGGUGAGCAACUUGGCCUGUGGCUUGUACAAUCGGCGUCUGUAUGACCAGGCCUUCACACUUCUCGAGAUCCUGUGUCAUAAUCUGAGCAAGAACUGUCCUGUUUCACUCUCUGUUGAUAGGUUCAACCGAGCCUUCAUGCUAGCUGUGCUAUCAUUGCGACGAGCGGGGCACCUGGAACGAGCCCUUGACUGGGUCAUACUGUGGCUAAAGGCGUUGGGAAGUAAAAUGGCUUUGCAUAUGACGGAACCAAUCUCUUUGUGGGUGAAAACCAAGAUGGAUAGUGCCAAUAACUCUGAAGAGGACAUUCGACUCCGGACGAUACGUGAUGGUUUUGGUCCUGACAUUCCUGAUGAAAAAAUAAUGCUUUGCCUUUUGGAUGAGGAGUUGCGCAUCUAUAAGGAGGAGGAAGGUGACACCUCACAGGAACGCUACAACGUUCUUUGCGAUCUGCUGGACAUCUGUCAUGAAGAGAGCUCUCACACCCAGUUGCGUGCUGCCUACCUCUGCGAAAUGGCCCAGGUUGUUUGUUUUCAUGACUUCACUGAACAGACUGACUGCACGGCAGUUGAUUUUACUCAUGAAGCUUUACGGCUCCUGGAAGGGGAAAUAGAGACACCUGAAAACAUAAGCCGACUGAAGGACAACAAGGCCCAUGCUUUGCUUUGGCUGUUUAUCUGCUCUCUUGAGAAGAACCUUCAGGAGGCAAUUGAAAGGGAUGUGAAGCUUCGAGAAAUGCGUAAGCAGUCGCCGUGCGUCGAAAAUCCUGUUGGGACCAAUGAUUUUGAUCUUGAAGACAAGCAGAGGAAUGAGGGCAACAUUUUGGUAUAUGAUGGUCUGAAAUUCAGCUUGGCUGCACAGAACAAGUUUUGCCAGCCGUUGGAAAGAGCGCUGGCUGAGUGGGCCUCUAUUCUGCGUGCUCCAGUUUUGCCUUCUGUUAGGAAUCCUAAACAGACAUGCAACUCUAUUGUGAUGACUGCAGCUCUCUUCAAACUAAUGGGAAAGCCUCUUAAAGCUUUGGAAGCAUAUCAACUUGCUGUUGAGCUUUCCCGCCAACUUGGCGACACUCAAGGAUGUGCAUAUUCCCUCUGUCAGUCGGCCAGUCUCCUCUUGGAAAUGGGCUCCAUUGAACAGGCUUUGUUUCAGACUGAACAAGCAGAAAAAAUGCUCCCCCCUGAUCCAAGCAUUGAAGGACCUUCCUCUGUCUUUCUUUUCAUAAUUUUGCUGAAAUCUCAGUGCUGUUAUAGUACUGGACAGGUGGAUUGUGGGGUAUCCUAUCUGUGUGCUGUGCUUAAAGAGGCCAAUGAGCAGAAACAUUACAAGGGAUGGUAUAUGUUGCGGGCUCAAGCGCUCCAAACUUGCAGCUCCUACCUCAGUUUGGACACAACUUCCCUGCCACAAAAGCAGCGGAACCGCAUUACACAGCAUGGUUUCAAAAGUCCAGAUACUGCUUUGAGUGAAAGCAUGAAGCUCCUCAGCAGAUUGCUGCUCUCUUUUGUGGGUAAAGGCUUUUAUGGCAGUAAUGGAAAUGGCUCGGAUGUGCGCUUCAUUGACACAGGAAAUAAUCUCUUGUUUAAAUGGCGGCUGCUGUCGGAACUGUUGACCUGCUCAAUGAAAGUGACUAUGCUGCGAGUCAGCUGUGGUUCUAUCAAUGAUGCUCGACUGCAGUGUCGAGAAGCCCUGAAACUUGCCAUCAAGUUGCAAGCACUGAGCCAAUGUGCCGAGCUGUUGGUGAUGAAAGCUGAGUUGGAACUAAUGCAGGGGGAGAUAGAGGAAAGUGGAUUUGAUUUGGACAAAGUCAGAAACCUUCUGGAAAUGUAUACAGAUUUUGCAGAACCAGAGGGCAAGUCUGAAGUUAAAAUCAAACCAAGGAAAGUUCGUCAAUCGUUAAAAUCUCGUUCUCCGUUGCCUGUAAUGGAGGAUGACCUGAAGUACAUCCUGAGUACAAGGUGGAGUGUCAAAGAACCAAUUGUGAGGGAUGAAGGCGGCUCUCCACCUCUCAAGGCCAAACCUCGUCGUUGGCUCUCAUGCCUCUUACACAAACCAACCUGCCAGUGCCCUUGCUGCUCUGAGCCCCUCCUGAGCCGCGCCACCGCCCGUUGGGCUGCUGCACAGGCUGAUAUGAUUCUCCAAUUGGACCAUUCUGAAGCCAAAGAUGGUUUUAAACUUCACCAGGCAACAUUAGCUCGUUGUAAGACAAUCACUGCCAAACUUGCGACUAAAUUGGCUGAAUUCUUCCCACUGGGUGUCCCUGCAAAAGGGCCCACUGAGCCCUCUCUUAUGCAUGAUGUGGUGGGUCGGGUGUACCUUCACAUGGCUGUUGCUGGUCUAGAACCCAGCCACAGUAAGAUUUGCAACAUAUGGAAAGUACUUGAAGCUGGUUUAGCCUUUGUUGAUUCAGUGCGCUCCCCGAAACUCAAUGCUGUGAAAGCAGGCCUCAGUGCAACCAAAGCCAUUGUGUCGUUGGUUAACUUGUCUAGGAAAAAAGAGUGCAGGCCUGAGGAACUUUUCUCAAGUGUGUGGACUUGGAAGGCACCAAAGCAGUUGAAAGCUCUGAAAUCAUACCAAUCCUCACUCAUGGAGCCUGAAGGUUUAUCCUGGUCUGCAAAACAUAAGCAGACAAAACUCAAGGUCUCCAAGCCAAAGAUCCAAGUCCCAAGUUCUGCAGCCAAAAGGAAAGGUCCUAUGACUCCAAUUAUGACUCCAGUGAUCAAGUCCAAUUUCUCUGCAAAGGAAAUUAGCACUUUUGACUUCAACACCGAGGUAUCCCCGUUGGCCUUCACGCCAAUUCAGAAAGCCAAAGCAACGGCCACAGUACAAAAGUCAAAGAAAACCGCUUCUAAGCUGCAGUUUCAGGUGUUUGAUGAGUUCCUACCCACACAAGACAAAGUUCAGCCUGUACCUGCUGCUCCAAGACGCCCUAAUAAAUCACGAUUCAGGGUGGAGUUUAGUGAUGAGAGUGAUGCAGAGAAUAUAGCUCUGGAAGAAGUGUUUGAAAAGCUCCCCAAAAAGAAGAGCACUGCAAGACAAGCUACUUGCAGAAGUAGGGCUGCCUCAGCUGCCCGCGCUGAGAAGAUCCCGCCUACAAGGCAGACGAGGAAGAAGAGCUGUGCACUACCUCGAGACACCUUGUCCGAAGACGAAUCUUUGGUGUGUCGAGGGUCCUCAACAAGACGCUUAAGAUCCAGAAACGUAUCCGUAAAGAAGGUGGAGUUAGAGGAGGAGUCGGACAAAAUGAGGGCCGAUGAGGAGGAAGCCAAUGAUGUUCUCGACUUGAGCAUUGAGUAUUUGAGGGCAUCAGACACCGAAACAAAAGACUAUGCUGCUUCAGACAUAAAUUUUCUCGAAGUGUUGCGGAGGGAUUUGUGUUGUGAUUUGGAGAGGAAAGAAUUGCGUAACAAGAAGUGUGACCAUCAAGCAAGAGGCCCUCAAAUCCAUCUUCCUGAUCCGGACCACGGACCGGACAAUCUUUCAUUUGAAGAUAUUCAGGUGUUACUUCGCUCAUCUUGGCUGGCCCUUCAACACUUCCCCCCUCCAGCCAUUUUUCCAAACCUCUGUGCCCUUCUGGCAUUAUCUAUGGGUCACCGUGACCCCAUCACUACAGCAAUGCUUCAUUCCCAGUCUUUGGGUAUCACUAGCCGGCAUCGCACCAUCAGACACCUAGCCAGCUCUCUGAAAAAACUGAAAAGGGCAUCCAGCGAGCUAUCAGAUCAAAUGGACAGCCUAACUCUAGAUGAGUCUAGUCCCACUACUAGUAUGAAACAGAUCUCUCAGUUGGAGAACAUCUUUUCCUUUCCAACAGCUGAUUGCUCAGACUUCCCUCAGAGCCACUGCCAAGAGUUUGUGCAGCAAAUUGAACAACUCCCUUCAGGCGUGACUGUGUGUGUAAUGUCAGUGGUUGGAGUCAAAGCUCGGGAAAUGGGUGAAGGCAUCCUACUGUCCCGACUCAAAAAGGGAUCUCCUCCUGUGACUGUACACAUCCCCACCUCCACAGAGCCGCACUCGAUUAGAUGUCUGGUUCAGGAGAUGGACAGUAUUGUGGCGGAUCAAAAGGCUUUAAAGAAUGUGUCUGAGAAAGCUCUGUGGUGGGAGGGCCGCAGGGCACUUGACUCUCGAGUCAAGCAAUUACUAGGAGAGAUGGAGCAAUUGUUGGGGUGCUGGAAGAGCCUCCUCCUGCCUCUUUCAUCAGAUCCCAAGCUCUCUGCGGAGGCCCAGCACCUUUGCAAAACAUUGCGUGCCAAGGGAAUGAAAGCCAGCGAAGAGAUGUUGAAGGUUGUCCUAUCUGCAAUCCCUGUGCUGUCCCAAAAAGACUUGCAAAGCUUCGCUCUGGGAGUUUGGCCCGAAUGGGACGACGAUUGUGAGCAGCUUCUCCAAUCCGCUGUUUUGCAGUUGGCAAACAGAGAAAAGCCUUCUGGUCAUGUGGUUCUCCUUCUGGACAGGCAUCUCCAGAAAUUGCCCUGGGAGAGCAUCUCCAUCUUAAGGUUCCGCUCUGUGAGCCGCAUGCCCUCUCUGCAGUCAUUAAUUGGACUGAGCAUUCAGAAGGAGAAUGAAGAUCAGUCCAUCUUGAAGCAUGGUGUGGACCCCAAAAAUACAUUUUAUCUUUUGGACCCUAAUAACGACUUAAAAGACGCCAAGGAACAAUUCGAAAAGUGGUUCAGCAGCAAACCGGAUUGGGAUGGUGUGUGUGGGCAUGCUCCAAAAUCCGGACAGCUGGAAGAAGCCGUUGCCACUAAGGAUCUAUACAUUUAUGUGGGCCACGGUGCCGGCGCACGAUUCAUUGACAGCCAGGUGGUCCUGAUGCGACCAAUGAGGGCUGCCUCUCUGCUUAUCGGCUGCAGUAGCGCUGCUCUGGCUGUGCGGGGAGAUCAGGAGGGACAAGGCAUCAUCCUCACCUACCUCAUGGCCGGCUGCCCUUUUGUGUUGGGAAACUUGUGGGAUGUAACGGAUGGGGAUAUUAAUCGCUUCACCAAAGUCUUGCUGAAAUCUUGGUUAUCAUCCGAGUCUGGGAGUGCCAUGCUGGAUUAUAUCGGCCCUUCACGGCAGGCCACUUACCUACAACACCUCAUCGGAGCCGCACCUGUGGUCUAUGGUUUACCAAUUCAGCUACGGUAGUGAAGGUCAAUCAGCUGUUACUUAGAAUGAUAUCCUCCACAUCUAUGUAGUCUAUGCCUUUUUUAUCAGAUGGUUUUCAUUUCACUUGAAAUGUUAAUGUAAAGAUUUUACUUUUAAUUUAAAACCAUUGUUCCCCCACCCCCAUUUUUUGCUGAGUGUUUUAAUAUACUUUUGAUUGACUAAAGUUCAAAUAAAUGUUCUUCGGAUAUCUUGAUUGAUGAGUCUGCCUCAGUUAAUAGUGAUACGUUUAAGUUCAGUGUUUAUUAUUGCAGUACAAAUGACAAGUAUUAAAUUUAUUUGUAACUGCAAAAUAUAACAAUUACAUUUAAGGCCAAUAAAGCUGUUUGAUGUUAUUUGAAUUUGUAUAACAGUUUGUAAGUUAGAGCAAUGUUCAUAUUGAACUCUGAAUGCAUAUUAGUUGGGCUGAGUAGAUAUUGACUUCCAUUUUCACCGAUUUUUUUUUUUUUUUUUUUUUUUUUUUUUUUUUUAAACCCGUCACGUCCACAACUUAUUCUGCUUUACAAGCAUGUGAUGUCUGGUGUUUGGAUUGUGAUUCUAAACUUGUGUGCCAUGAGAAAUGAGGUGUGUUCUGGGAAAUGAAUUUCACUUUGCUGGUACUGUAUGAACAAUGUUCACUACACGUGAUGUAAGGUUCAUUUUAAUUGUAACAGUAAUGGACAGUGACAAGUAGAACAAAUAAACUGUUUUACUAGA